ACGUAAGGAUGUAGAGAAAGGGAGUAAGGAAGGGUAGAGAAAAUGAGCGAGAUGCAGCGAUAUUCAAACGUCAAAAACCCUCGCCAUGUUGUGCGGGACAGCGUGUGGUGAAAACGGAAUUUGACAAUGCGUGCACGCACACCAAUGCACGAGCGCCGCAACACAAUACAAACGCAAGUGGGUGAUGACUUUUCGAGGCACUGGUCGUCGUCGUCGUCGUCGUUGUGUGAUUAUCGGGAAGAAAGAAACAAGAAUCCCGUUCGUUCUAUGAAAGGGGGUGUUUCGCGAUUAGGAUCUAGCCAGUGAGAACGAACACACUCACGCAGCGGAAGCAGAACGACUGCAGCGGAAGCUGCGGAACAGGGUAACCGAGGGCACCAGCGCUGAUAAAUAAGAACGGGGCCGUUGUGCUAGUGGGCAAGAUGAGCGAAUUCCUGAAAUCGGCCAUAAACUACUUCAAUGCGACACCUGCGAACGGGCUGGACAACGAUUUCGUCGGCCAGACGGUGGAGGUGGCGAACGUGAAGCUGCGUAUCAAGCGCGUUAUAGCGGAAGGUGGCUUUGCGUACGUGUACGUGGCGCAGGAUGUGCAGUCCAACACGGAGUACGCGCUGAAGCGUCUGCUCGGCACGGACAAGGAGGAGUGCAACAACAUCAUACGCGAGAUCAACUUCCACAAGCAGGUAUCCGGCCACCCGAAUGUGGUAAAGUUUGUUGCGGCCACCUUCAUCGACCGGACGCAAAGCGCGAACUCGCAGCGGCGGGCGGAGUAUCUGCUCGUGUCGGAACUGUGCAAGGGUGGCUCGCUGUACGAUUGUCUCGAGCAGGACCUGGCCCCGGAGACGGUGCUGCGGGUGUUCUAUCAGGCGACCAAAGCCGUCGCCCAUCUGCACAGCCAGCCGAAACCGAUCAACCAUCGGGACAUAAAGAUCGAAAACUUUCUCAUCGGAAGUGAUGGGCUGCUGAAACUGUGCGACUUUGGGUCCGCCUCGACCGACAGCUACGCGCCGGACGUAACGUGGAACGCGCAACAGCGCGACACGCUCGAGGAUGCGCUCACGCGCUGCACGACCCCGAUGUACCGUGCGCCGGAGCAGCUCGACACCUGGGCAAACUAUCCGAUCGGCAUCAAGAUGGACGUGUGGGCGCUCGGCUGCAUUCUGUACUGUCUCUGCUACCGCAAGCACCCGUUCGAGGACUCGGCCAAGCUGCGCAUCAUCAACGCUAACUACACCAUUCCCGCGAACGAUGCGCGGUACGCGUGCUUCAGCGACGUGAUUCGCGGCUGCUUGCAGGUCGAUCCGAACCAGCGCUUCGAUACGGCCACGGUACUGGAGCGGCUGGCGGCCAUUGCCGAGACGAAGGGGUGGCCCCUGAAGGCACCGCUCGGCCUGCUGGGCAAACCGCUCAACUCUCCGCCGACGGGAAUGACGCCGGCACCGAGCCCGAGUCAUAGCCGACCGAACGGUGGGCUGGUACCGGAUCGGCCGGCACCGCCCAGACCCGUGUGCCCGCCCGGCGGCCCGGUGCCGGUGUCGAGCGACGGCAGCCUCCGGAACAAGUACCCCCAGCGGCCACCGGAUCCAGUGCGCAUGGGGCACGCGAACGCGCCACCGCUGCACUCCGUACCGUCGCCCUAUCCCACGCCCCCGGCGCAACAGUUUAGCCAGCCGGCGGCCCCACCGGUGACGGGAGGCGGUGGGCUGUUCUCCUCCAUCAAGGGCGGGGCGGGAAGCUUUCUGAAAAAUCUUAAAGACACCUCCUCGAAGGUGAUGCAAACGGUGCAGCAAAGCAUCGUGCGCACGGAUCUGGACAUGAGCUACAUUACGCAGCGCAUCCUCGUCAUGCCCUGCCCGUCGGAGGGCAUCGAGUCGGCGUACCGCACGAACAACAUCGACGAUGUGAAGCUGUUCUUGGACAGUCGCUACCAGCCGACGAAGCUGAGCGUGUACAAUCUCGUCGGGCGUAACGGCUGCCCCCGACUGCCGCCGCCAGUCCGUACGGUGGAUGCUGGGUUUAUCUACGCGCCUGCUCCACAGCAAGGUGGCAAGGCGCCGGUACUGACCGGGCUAUACUCGCUGGUGGAGGACAUUUACGGGUUCCUGAGCGCGGAUCCGAAAACAGUCGUCAUCGUGCAGAGCCCGGACGGUGGCCGUGCGCUGGCCGCAACGGUGGUGUGCGCACUGCUCGUGUACGCCUCGCUGGUGACGGAGCCGGAGGAUGCAAUGCAAAUGUUUACCAUCAAGCGAACGCCACCGAAUAUGCGACCGUCGGAGCUGCGCUACCUCUACUAUCUCGGCGACAUCGUGCGCUCGGUGCCGCAUCUGCCGCACUACAAGCCGGUCACGCUGGUGUCGCUUGCCGUCACGCCCGUGCCGCGCAUGACCAAAGCGCGCGAUGGCUGCCGGAUGUACGUCGAGGUGGCCACGGCCGACCGGACCGUCUUCUGCACGCUGCAGGAUUACGAGCGGAUGCGGCUGUACCACACCUCCGAGGGUAAGAUUGCGCUCGCGAUGAACGUGACGGUCUGUGGCGACGUUACGAUCAGCCUUUAUCAUGCACGCAACGCCCUCGGCGGGAUGGGCCGGCCGCAGGGUCUGAAGAUAUGCCAGCUGCAGUUCCACACCGGCUUCAUACCCGAGGAGGAAACGCUGAUCAACUACGAUCGGGCGGAGCUGGACGAGGUGCCGGAUCUGGAGCACGUGCCGCAGAAGUUCAGCGUCGCGCUCAGCGUUUUCGUGGGCGACUCGGAACGGCCGCCGGCUACGCAGCCGCCGUGGCGAACGCCGAAGGCGGCGCGUGAUCCCCGCACGCUGUUCGCGUCCCAGCUGGAGUAUGAGGAGAACGUUGAUAAUUUCGUCACCAAACCGAGCAGCUCAGCGAGGGUAACUGCAGGCGAAUCCACCGCACCACAAAAGCCACCUCCUCCACGACCGGCACCACCAUCGCCGCAACCGAUGCAUCGAGUGCUAGGCGACGACAUACCGCGCAGGGGAUCGUCCGGUACUCCACCCGUGCUGGCAGCGGCCGAGGAACGUGAGGCUGAUCUUUUGAACCUAAACAAAUCUAGUCAAGGACGACCGGCACCGGAAGAGUCGCCAGCCCCGGUUCCGAAGAUUGAAGAAACGUACGAUUUGCUUGGAGGGCUGUCACCCCCGGUCGUGAAAGGCGGAGCAUUCGCUAGCUCCGGUGUCAGAAGUACGCCGACCUCCUCAGCCGUACUGGAUGACAUAUUCGGAACGCUGGAUGAUGCGGGAGCGCCAACCGGCAGUACGCUUCCCACCACCAAGUCCAGCAGUGAUUUAAGCGGGCUGAAUCUAAACUUUGACCACUUCGGUGGAGUAGCCCAACCGGCCAGUGGUGCUGCUCCCUUCACCAAUGGUGCCGGCCAGUCCGAUGCUUCGGCAAGCAAUGCGAACAACAGCUUUGGCUUCGAUGCGUUCGCCGGGGUCGCGCCACAAUCCAUCUACAACAGUGCCGCCCCAUCGGGCGCACCCUCGCAACCCGCCACAGCGUCCACCGCUGCGUCGAAAGAUCCGUUCGCGGAUAUUGGCAACCUGGCGGCCGGUUUGGGCGGCGGCAUUAGCGCUGGUGGGAGCGCUGCCGGUUGGGGUGGCAAACCGGGAACGACGCCGAGCCCACGCUCAACGCAGUUCUCCAGCCCGACGCACCAGUUCAGCGGGGCGAGCACGGCAAACCCCUCGCCGAGGGCACCAUCAACACCCAACCAUCAAAUGCGCAGCCCGAACGAUCCCAGCCAAGCGCAGUCGCGCCCCGACUACAGCCGAUCGCAUUUCGAACCACCGAAGAAUGGAAGCAACGGCAGUGCGAAGGACGCACCAGGGGCAGGUGUUGGCGGUGGUCGAUCGGGUGACAUAUUCGGUGACAUUCUUGGCCAGCAGGGCUAUUCGUUCGGCAGCACCAAAAACCAGGGGCCGCGAACGAUGAACGAUAUGCGCAAGGAGGAGUUGGUGCGGGAGAUGGAUCCCGAGCGGGUGAAGCUGAUGGAAUGGACUGAAGGUAAGAAGAACAACAUCCGCGCGCUACUGUGCACCGUGCAUACCGUGCUGUGGCCCGGCGCUAAGUGGACAAAGUGUGAAAUGCAUCAGCUGGUGUCGGCAGCGGACGUGAAGAAAAUUUACCGCAAGGCGUGUCUCGCUGUACACCCCGACAAGCACACCGGUACGGAGAACGAGAGUAUGGCUAAGAUGAUAUUCAUGGAGCUGAACAACGCGUGGACCGAGUUCGAAAGUGAUGCCACCCAGCAAAAUCUGUUCGCCAAUUAAGAACACUCUGUUGCGUGCGUUAUUACUGCUGCUGAUGCCAACCCAGAUCGGUAGGUGAUGGUUUGUUAGCAUAUUGCAGUUGCUUGUUUUUGUCCCAAAGAAAACCGUACAGAUUCGGCCAAUGCGAGUCGAAGUAAGUUUUCUUUUGCGUGAGGGUUCUCUUUACAACCGCGGCAAGCAUUUUCGAAACAUCACUUUCUUCUCCCGUUUUACGUUAAACAAUUAGGAGAGUUUUAAUGCAUCGAACUAUCAGUGUGUGUGUGUUCCUUUUCCUAGUAGAAAUAGUACACUUCUUCCAACUGUAGAAGGACACGUAAA